AUGCUGUCGGAACACUUGGUUAAUGUGGGUCGCAUAAAUGUCUUUCUUCCUCCAAAAGUCUUGGAGAACGGGUGGAAUCCAAGGAAAGCCGCGGACUUGCCAUUCGAAUUGCCCAUAGAUGUACCGGAGCAGACGCCAGUCAGCGUUGCCGAAAGGCCUGACUGCACAAUGCUGACGCUGCCGUGCUCAUUGCUACAGGGUGAAAGAUCGGAAGGUUUCAUACCCUUGGAAGCUGAUGAGCUAAACGAGAGUUUACCGACAACUAUAAUCUGUAGGAAAUGCAAUUCUAAAUUGGCUACAGUGUCUUCUUGGAAAAACUUACCUGCUUCAAAUUGGCAAGAAUUUAUUGAUUGCUGGGCGUGUCAUACGGAGACGCCAGCUGUUGUUUCGGCAAAUCCUUUUCUUCCUACAUUUGCUCCUGCUAGUGUUUGCUUCGCACUUUUGUGGUCUACAUAUGCUAAUAUUAAAAAGGUGAAUCCUCUUAAACUCGAAGAUGAAAUGCCGUUUGCUAAUGGAAUUGUGAAGAACAAAAUUGCUCUUUGUUAUAAUUGCGGUGAAGAAGUUGGUGGUAUUGAAGAAAAUGAUCCGCCGGCAAGUAUUCGUGUCCAUAAGUUUGCUAUUAAACUGCUUAACCUGAACUAUCCUCCCCUUGUUAUAUUUUCGUCAACGUUAUUAUCCUUACGGAAACAAUACUCCGUGCAUAAAUUUGUUAUUUUAUCCGGAGAUAAAAAGCUUUGGGUAUGGUGUAUGACACCGUACCUCAACAUUUCAUUAUUUAAACCGUGUUCUGCUCUAUCUUCUUCGACCAAACUACCCGUGAUGAAACUUAUGUUCCGCAGAGAGGCGAAAGAUCUUCACUUUGAGGGAGAUGAUUGGAUGGAUAUCGUGCUGCCUAAACCAUUAUUUUGCUUAUUGCAAGAAACACUGAAGGUAACAAAUAAACUUUAUCCUGCUUCUGCAAGAAAGAUAGGACCAUGGCGUGUGGGUUUAGUUCCUCUGCAUAAGGAAUAG